GUGAGAGGCACUCAGAGGAAUGGGUCCCCUUCCAGACAGUGCUGAAACGCUUUGGCCUGCAGGAGUGCCUUAGAAGAGUGAAAAGGGGAAGCAUCGCCUGCAGAAGGGAUCCCCUGGACACAGAGGAGUGGCAGUUUGCCUUGAGGAAGUCUGUGGCAUGGACUGAGGAAGAAAUAAAGCAUGGCUACCAAGGAGAGAACAAUGCCAGGGUAGAAGCAGCCCACUGGAUGCAGAUGAGAGCCACAGGGCUGCUGGAAGAUGGUGAUGGAAGGCAAGGCUUGGCUGACCAAGCCUUGCAAGAUGUCAUGCCCAGCAAGGGGAAAGCACCACAGGCUUUGAAAAAUGCUGGUGAUGAUGAAGAAGGUGACCAAGCCUCAGAAAGUAGAGAGGGCAAGGAUGGGCAAGUGGCUGAAGCUGAAGUUCUCUCUGCAGUGGGAAAGGCUUUGCCAAAGAAAGAGGCUGUCCUCAGGGUGAGCAGAAUGGUGAAGCUUUUGAAGCAGGUGAAGAAGGAUGUGGGGGCUGCAAAAGGCAAGCCUUUGGAUGGAUGCUUGGAAAAGCUGCAGAAGCUUGAGAAGCAGGGGGGGCCAAGCUCAGCAUGGAGGAUGCCAAAGUGA